AUGCCGUCUAGGACCUCGAGGUCGCCAUCACAACAACGCGACCGUCCUGCUGAGAGGCCACGCCGUCCUCGCAACGGGACCGACAGUUAUCGGCCUGGCGCACGCGACCGCAACAACGACGGGCCACGACGCCCACGUUCCCCCCCACCCAAGCGCAAGGCCGCACCUGUCGCGCCGCCCACGGAGGAGGAGAAGCAGGCCGCUGCCCGCGCAGAGUACGAGAAGCUCUUGACCAUGAGAUCUGGAGGCACCUACAUCCCGCCCGCCCGUUUGCGCGCACUGCAAGCCCAGAUCACGGACAAGACGAGCAAGGAAUAUCAGCGCAUGGCCUGGGAGGCCCUCAAGAAGUCCAUCAACGGUCUGAUCAACAAGGUCAACGUCGCCAACAUCAAGCACAUUGUUCCCGAGCUGUUCAACGAGAACCUCGUCCGUGGCAGAGGACUGUUCUGCCGCAGUAUCAUGAAGGCACAGGCUGCGUCGCUGCCCUUCACGCCCAUCUACGCCGCGUUCGCCGCCAUUGUAAACACGAAACUGCCGCAGGUUGGAGAGCUGCUGGUCUCAAGACUGGUCAUGUCCUUCCGCAAGGGCUUCAAGAGGAAUGACAAGGCCGUCUGCUUGUCCUCGGUCAUGUUUCUUGCGCACCUGGUCAACCAGCAGGUCGUACACGAAAUGCUCGUCGCCCAGAUUCUGCUUCUACUUUUACAAAAGCCCACGGACGAUUCCGUCGAGAUUGCCAUUGCUCUGAUCAAGGAGGUCGGCGCCCAUCUCGAGGAGUUCUCCGCACCCAUCAGCAAUGCCGUCUGGGAACAGUUCAGGAACAUUCUUCACGAGGCCGACAUCGACAAGAGGGUUCAGUACAUGGUCGAGGUGGCAUUCCAAGUGCGCAAGGACAAGUUCAAGGACAACCCGCCUGUCAGAGAGGAGCUCGAUUUGAUUGAGGAGGAAGACCAGAUUACCCACAAUAUCGCCCUGGAUGCCGAUAUCAAUGUUCAGGAUAGUCUUAACAUAUUCAAAUUCGAUGAGAACUGGGAGGAGAACGAAGCGGCGUACAAGAAACUCAGAGCCGAAAUCCUCGGCGAGGGAAGCGAUUAUGAGGACGACGAUGAUGAGGACGACGAGAGUUCAGACGAGGAGGACGGGGAACAAAAGGCCAUCGAGAUCAAGGAUCAGUCUAAUACUGAUCUGGUCAACCUGCGGAAAACCAUUUACCUCACUAUCCAAUCCGCGAUUGAUCCCGAGGAAGCUGUACACAAGCUUCUCAAGGUUCAAAUACCUGCUGGCUUUGAACAUGAACUAAUAUCCAUGGUCGUUGAAUGCUGCUCGCAAGAGAAGACAUAUACGAAAUUCUUUGGGCUCAUUGGUGAACGUUUGGCCAAAAUCAAUCGAGAUAAGAUGAUGCUUUUCGAGGAUUCGUUCAGAAAAUACUACGAGACCAUUCAUCGAUACGAGAACAACCGACUUCGCAAUAUCGCCCAGUUUUUCGGUCAUCUCUUCGCAUCUGAUGCCAUUGGCUGGUACGUUCUGGAGGUUAUCCGCCUCAACGAGGAGGAGACGACGAGUUCUUCUCGUAUUUUUAUCAAAAUUCUCUUCAACGAGAUUUCGGAGGAACUUGGUAUGCCCAAGUUGCAGACACGGAUGAAGGAUGAUAUUCUACAACCAAACCUUGAGGGACUGUUCCCACGCGAUAACCCCAAGAACAUCCGGUUUUCCAUCAACUAUUUCACCAGUAUCGGCAUGGGUCCUCUUACCGAGGACAUGCGACAGCGCCUUGCGACCAUGCCCAAACCCGCAUUGCCCGCACCGCCUGCUAGGGAUGAUUCAGACUCGGAAUCAGUCUCUAGCUAUUCAUCAUACACAGGCUCGUCUUACUCGUCACGAUCUCGCUCACGGACACCACCGCGACGAGCCAUCGACACGAGAGGCCGCUCUCUGUCGCGCACGCCGCCUAGACGUGGCAGAUCGUACUCAUACGACAGCCGUAGCAAGAGCUAUUCCCGCUCCCGAUCACGGUCCUACAGCGUGUCCCGUAGCCCACCUCGCAAGGCUGCCAAGAGAGAUGACUCGUAUUCGAGAAGCCCCCCACCGCGCACAGCUCGUCGCAAUGUAGCCGACUCUCGUUCCCGCAGUCCGGUGCCAAAGAACGGCAAAGGCAGGGCUCGUUCGUAUAGCAGCCGUGGACGCAGCCCGACCCGGUCACCACGUUCGCGGUCACGCUCAUACAGCUCAUCCCGAUCGCGCAGCCCACCGCCACGGAAAGCCCCAACAAAGGUUGCCAAGCGGGCAUCGUAUUCUCGUAGCCCUUCACCACCACCAAAGCGGACUACACGUCGCAAUGGUAGCUAUUCUCGUUCACCUUCACCGCCUGGUCGUCGUGGUCGGCCGGCUUCACGGUCCGUCUCCCCACCAAGGAGACGUAGAAACACAAGUAGUGUGAGCAGUGCGCCCCGGAAGCGAAGAUAUAGUGGCAGCGGGUCCGAUAGUGAAGGUGGUGGCGCGCCACUCAAGAAGCGACGAUACAGCACGGUAAGCCGCGGCAGUGUCCGGGGUGGUAAAUAG